UACUAAUAAAUAAUGCCAUCAAGUUUUUUAAGUGAUAAAACAUUAAUUUGUUAUAAUUAACAAUUUUGAGUAGGUGCAAAUCUGUCAUAUGACAACCGACAUAACCUAAAAAACGAUAAAGUAUCUCUAAAUUACCUAUAAGUCAAGAUUUUUAAAUAAAACUAUAUAAUUUUUGUUAAAAUUUAAUUAAGUGAGUAAAAAAGCCACAAAAAACUAUUCAUAGUUUUUAUUUUAGUAUCAAAUUAUCGAAAUUUCAUAAAUAACGUGAUAACCUCUAAAAAACAUCAAAAGUGACAGUGACAACUAUUUUGGUUUUCCUUCUUUAGUUAAAAUCGAUUUUAAAAUGAAAAUUAUCAAUAACCAAGAGAAAUCUCGAAAUGUUUGCUAAUAAUUUAAAAUUGUAUCAUAUCCCGAAAUUAAGGAUCUCAAAGAAAGUGUAAAAAUAAGGGUUAACGUGUUCAAAAUGGUAUCCCAUUUAUUCUACAUUUAUGGUGAAACCUGCAGUAAAUACCCAUGGGAAGUAAUCGUAGCGACGGUGACUUUAACAGUAUGCAUAUCAACCCUCGAUCAAUCCACUAUCCAAGCUUCACCCUCAAAGUCUGAUUCAUGUUGUGUCCAAGAGUAUUCUCCUGUAGAUAUGAUUGUAAUGACAAUAAUAAGAUGUUUAGCUGUUUUGUAUAGUUAUUACCAAUUUAGGAAUUUACAAAAACUUGGCUCUAAAUAUAUUUUAGGUAUAGCAGGAUUAUUUACGGUGAUAUCAAGCUUUAUAUUUACAACAACCUUAUUAAACUUGCUCAAUAUUAAUCUGGCAGAUCUCAAAGAUGCAAUGUUUUUCUUUUUGUUACUAAUAGAUUUAUCGAAAGCUUCAAUGUUAGCUCGAUACGGUUUAAGUGCAAAAAACGAAAACGAAAUUAAGGAGAACAUUGCUAAAGGAAUGGCCUUUUUGGGGCCCACCAUGACGUUAGAUACGAUUGUGGAAACUUUAGUUAUAGGAAUAGGAACUCUAUCAGGGGUGCAUCGAUUAGAAAUGUUAUCCUAUUUCGCUUGCCUAUCAGUUAUUGUAAAUUACAUAGUUUUUAUGACUUUGUACCCAUCUUGUUUGUCAUUAAUUAUUGAGUUGAGUAAGAAAACGCGUAGAAAUGUCGUCGUAACUCAAUGUAUUGAAAUGGAAGAAAAAUCAAAUCCUGUUAUACAAAGGGUAAAAAUAAUAAUGUCAAUUGGAUUAUCAGUUGUACACCUAGUAAGCAGAAGAUCUUUCAAAAACGAAACCGAAAUUUACGAUAACACUCUCAAUAACGGUACUUUAUUCAAUGGAUAUUCGCUUAAAUGGUUAAGUUUAUGUGCUGAUCAUAUUGUCGUAUUAAUAUUAUUAUUUGCGCUUAUUGUAAAAUUAAUUUUUUUCGAAAAUAACGACGGUUUUAGUUCAUUUUCGAAAAUCGAUUCGCCAAAAAACCAAGAAAUUCAAGUAAACACCAUCAAUAACGAAUUAAUUUGGGACGCAGGUGAAGAUAAUCAACCAAAUAGAAACAUAAUUGACUGUCUAGAAAUACUUAAAACAACACCAAACGAACUAACUGAUAAAGAAAUGAUCGUUUUACUCAAAGAAAAACACAUAUCUUUGUAUAAUUUAGAAAAAGUCGUUAAAAACGCUGCAAAAGCCGUUCGAAUUCGGCGAAAAGUUUUUAGCGAGCACAAAAAAUUAGAUCAAGCUCUGUCACUUUUACCAUAUCAAAAUUUUGAUUACGAAAAAGUUUUGGGAGCUUGUUGUGAAAAUGUAAUAGGUUACGUUCCGCUACCAGUUGGUAUUAUUGGCCCUUUAAAAUUGGAUAAUACCGAACAUUUUGUUCCAAUGGCUACAACGGAAGGUUGUUUAAUUGCGAGUACUUCACGUGGUUGUAAAGCAACGUUUCAAAAUGGAAUUACAAGCAGAAUUGUGCGUGAUGGAAUGACCAGGGGACCGGUAGUUCGAUUUCCAUCAUUAGAAAGUGCAGGAAACGCUGUCUCAUGGAUCGAACAACCCAAUAAUUUCAAAUUAUUAAAAAAGACAUUUGAUUCAACCAGCAAUUUUGCUCGAUUAAAAAAGAUUACUUCUCGUAUAGCGGGUAGAUAUCUUUUUGUGCGAUUUGUUGCGUCAACUGGAGACGCAAUGGGCAUGAAUAUGUUAUCGAAAGGUUCUGAAAGAUCAUUAAAGUAUAUGCAAAUUCAUUUCCCUGAGAUGGAAAUUUUAAGUUUAAGUGGAAACUUUUGUACUGAUAAAAAGCCGGCGGCUAUAAAUUGGAUUGAAGGUCGUGGAAAAUCCGUCGUUUGCGAAGCUAUAAUUUCAUCUGAAACUGUAAAAACAUUAUUAAAAACGACAAGCCAUUCUCUUAUCGAUGUGAAUAUCUCGAAGAAUUUGAUUGGGUCAGCAAUGGCUGGAAGUUUAGGUGGAUUUAAUGCUCACGCUGCGAAUAUUGUCACGGCAAUUUUCAUUGCAACGGGUCAAGAUCCUGCUCAAAACGUUGUCAGCAGUAAUUGUAUUACAUUGAUGGAACCAUGGGGGUUAAACGGGGAAGAUUUAUAUAUAAGUUGUACAAUGCCUUCAAUUGAAGUUGGUACUGUUGGAGGUGGAACAAUUUUACACGCACAAUCUGCUUGUUUGGAAAUGUUGGGUGUUAAAGGAAGUAAUGUUGAAAAUCCCGGUGAAAAUGCUGGUUUAUUAGCUAAAAUUAUAUGCGGAACUGUUUUAGCUGGCGAAUUAUCUUUAUUGGCAGCUUUAAGUGUUGGCCAUUUAGUAUCUAGUCAUUUAAAACAUAAUCGAUCGUCUACUUCGAGUGUUUCAAAUUGAAAACAAAUACCAAGUAUUAUU